UGCAGCUGAAGAAAUGUGUUAUCAGGACUUUGACAAUUCAACUCAGAUAAAACAGGAGUCUAUAACUGAUGCUCAGUAUUGUGACAUUUCAACUCGAAUAAAGCAUGAGAUAAAAACUGAGCAGAAUUCUGACAAUGUAGUUCAAAUAAAACAGGAAAUUGAAACUGAGCAGGAUUCUGAUAAUUUAACUAUGAUAAAUCAGGCAGUUAAAACUGAGCAGGAAGAAAACUUGAACGGUUUAAUUUGCCCGAAAUGUGAAGCCUAUGUCUUAAAUAAUCAUCGCUUCUUUGAACAUAUGAGAGAGCACCAUGAAAACAGUAUCAGUACAAAUUUGAACUCUGAUAAAUUAAUAAGUGCUGAAUCAGAAGAUCACACAAGAGAGAAACCGUUCAAGUGUAAUGAAUGCUCCUCAUCUUUCUCUUAUAAAUCUAAUCUCAUAGCACACCAGCGUAUUCACACUGGAGAGAAACCGUUCAAGUGUAAUGAAUGCUCCUUGACUUUCUCUCAGAAAUCUAAUCUCAGAACACACCAGCGUAUUCAUACAGGAGAGAAACCGUUCAAGUGUAGUGAAUGCUCCUCAACUUUCUCUCGGAAAUCUCAUCUCAGAACACAUCAGCUUAUUCACACAGGAGAGAAACCUUUCAAGUGUAAUGAAUGCUCCUCAUCCUUCUCUCAGAAAUCUAAUCUCAGAGCACACCAGCGUAUUCACACAGGAGAGAAACCGCUUAAGUGUAAUGAAUGCUCCUCAUCUUUCACUCAGAAAUCUAAUCUCAGAACACACCAGUGUAUUCAUACAGGAGAGAAACCGUUCAAGUGUAGUGAAUGCUCCUCAACUUUCUCUCGGAAAUCUCAUCUCAGAACACAUCAGCUUAUUCACACAGGAGAGAAACCUUUCAAGUGUAAUGAAUGCUCCUCAUCCUUCUCUCAGAAAUCUAAUCUCAGAGCACACCAGCGUAUUCACACUCGAGAGAAACCGUUCAUGUGUAGCGAAUGCUCCGUAUCUUUCUCUCAGAAAUCUACUCUCACAAGACAUAAUCGUUGUCACACAAAAGAGAAACCUUUCAAGUGUAGAGAAUGCUCCUUAUCUUUCUCUUGGAAAUCUAAUCUCACAACACAUCAGCGUAUCCACACAGGAGAGAAACGGGAAAACCUUCAAGUGUAGUAAAUGCACCUUAACUUUUUCUCAGAGUUUAAAUCUAAAAACACAUCAAUGUAUUUACAUAGCAUUGAAUGAUCCAUUUAUUUUUGAUUUAUUUAUAAUUAACCUA